AUGGUGCACACGUAUGCAUCAGUGGACUUUAUGUGUUAUUCACCUGUUCAAUACAAUAUACCUCAGGCGAUAUCAGUACUAAUUGGAGAUAUUUCAUGGUACAUUUGCAAUAGUUCAAAUUAUGCGAGUUCACACUGGUUGACGGUUAAGAUUGGCCAAGUGUGUGUACACUUCAUGCAACAGUCUACUAUUUAUUCCAAGGGAGAGAAGAGACUCUACCCUUCUCUUCACAUAAUAAAAAUGGGUAGAAAGAUUGAGAUGAAGAAAAUAGAAGAGACAACGAAACGUCAAAUCACAUUUUCCAAAAGACGUAGUAAUUUAAUGAAGAAGGCGGAAGAGAUUGUUGUUUGUUGUGACAUUGACGUACUGUUUGUCGCGUUUUCACCGUCUGGUCGGAUCAGUAUAUUCUGUAGUCAAAAGAGUAUUGAAGAUAUGCUUCGGCACUAUAUAAAUCUUUCAGUUGAGAGGAGAUUGACUCACAUAGCGGAUGUUCAGAAAAAGUUGGAAAAACUGAGGCAAUUGAACCACAUCAACGGAGAUGUUAGCAAGUUACACUUUCUUGAAAAACAGUUUGUAUCUCUUUUCAUUCUCUCACUCGUUUUUUUUUUCUUUCUAUAAUUAAUUUAUUGUCUCUCAUUAUUUAUAUUUUAUUCACUCUGUAGAGUUGUUUCUGUCACCCAUCAUCGUUAUUUGAAUAGCAAAACUUAUGGUCGUGUUGGGCCAAGAUAUGUUUUGCUUAGAGAGGAUUAUUAUAAGCAUCAUUAGCUUUCCAUAUGCAAUUAAAUCAUCUAAUAAUUUAUAUUAAUACUCGUAUUUAAGGAUUAGAAUUAAUAAGUUCAAAAGGAGUGAAGUAAUGCACCCAGUACCAAGGGGUGUGGUGGCAUUGGAGGAGGUAUGAUUUUUAUUAAGGGGUCCAUCAUCUACUAUUCAUAAAAAAAAAAAUGGAUCUUAUACAAUGUAAUUUUUUUACAAACCCCCCUCCGCCCUUCUAAUUUCACAACUAUGUGGUGGGAUGAUUGGCAUUCUCCACUCAUAAUCAGAGGUUUCGAAUUUCAGCCCUUGAAAACUUCAUGGUAGGCACACUUUACUCCUUUAAUGGGCCCAUCCAAGACAAUUUUUAGUUAGUCAGUGGCUAGUGGACUACAUGUAUAAGAUAGUUUUAAAGAAAAG